GGGAAGGCGGAAGGGGGGGCCAAGAUGGCGGCGCAGGGCCGGGCCGCUCUGAGGGCUCCGCUCUGCGCUCUGCUGUGCCUGGCGCUGGCCGCCGCCAGGCCGAGCCCCGUGAAGGUUCUGUCGGACGGGAUGUGGAGAGAGCUGCUGCAGGACGAGUGGAUGGUGGAGUUCUACGCGCCCUGGUGUCCCGCCUGCGAGAGCCUGCAGCCCGAGUGGGAGAAGUUCGCCGAGUGGGGAGAGGACCUGGGGGUGAACGUGGCCAAGGUGGAUGUCACGGAGCAGCCGGGGUUAAGUGGAAGAUUUAUCAUCACAGCCCUGCCUACCAUCUAUCACUGCAAAGAUGGAGAGUUCAGGAGGUACCAGGGAGCCAGGACUAAAGCUGCCUUCAUUAAUUUCAUCAGUGAUGAGGAAUGGAAAUCCAUUGAACCAGUGUCCUCCUGGUUUGGUCCCUCCUCUUUCCUGAUGAGCAGCAUGUCAGCCUUGUUCAAGCUGUCCAUGUGGAUCAGGUAUGGCCAUGGCUAUUUAACAGAAACCCUUGGAAUACCAGUCUGGGGCUCCUAUGCUGUUUUUGGAUUGGCAACUCUGUUCUUGGGAAUGGUCCUGGGACUGAUGAUGGUGUUCCUGGCAGACUGCAUCUGCCCCUCCAAAAGGCACAGACCACCACAGCUCCAGCCUCAGCCAAGGAAACAAGGCCCAGAGUCAGCUCAUCUGCUGAAAAACAGGUAUGAAGAGCAAGAAGCAGAUGAGGGAGAUGUCUCAGAUGAUGAAACAGAGAGGAAGGAGGGGAGCAAGAGAGACUCAUCCCCGAGUGGUGUCCGGCAGCGCCCCGUGCCCGGUGCUGCUCCUCUGGAGAAAUCUUAGCUGCACUUGCAUCAGGGUUAGUGUUUGACUCAAAGGGAGAUCCACAUCAAAUCCUUCAGCUUGAAGAGAAGAAUGACUCCUGGCUUGGGAAUGGUGCUGCAUUUCUUGAAUUGGGAGGAAAUAAUAAUUAAAAAAAAUAAUAGUUAAAAAAGGCAUCCAAAGGAUCCAAGGUAUUCCAAAGGAAAACUUGCUGUUGAAAUGGCUGGAACUUCUCCUGUGUGUGUGCAGAGAAGUGCCAAGGGAUGAGUGCUGAGGCUCCUGGAGUGAUGUUCCCAGGGGUUAUGUGGAACAGGAGGUAACCCAGAGUCAUUCUUGACUUAGCAAGGAAAAUGCACUCACCUGGUUGUUGGGGAAACCUCCCAAAAUUCCCUGUCCUGCUGUUCUUCAGUACCAAUCUCUCCAGCUGUGCCCUGAAGAAAUGCUGAGGGAAAAAGUUCCUUUAGAUAUGGAACUAAAAUUCCUUUAGUUCAGGCUUUUUACAUGACAAAACCUGCUUUUUGCUAUGACAAUGAGUGCUACAAACCCCCCAAACCUUUUUAUUUUCUUACAAAGAGCUGGAACUUAGCACAAGCACUCUGCAGUGGGAUGCUCUGGCUGAGCAGAAACCUGCUGCUUGCAUCCAUUUCUUCCACAAAAAGCUGCAGAAAACUCUCUGAGCUUCUUGGCAAAGUUGUUUUUUUCUCUAGGAACAAGACCUUGAAGUCUUGUCUGUGUCUGUGACUCCACGUGGGAACAGUUUACACACACAGAGUCCUCUGUGCAAAUCCUCUCCAUUCCUCCUGGGUUUCAGCAGGACUCUGCUUGUUUUUAAUCCAUCAUUUCUUAGGGAAAUCCUGGCCUGAAGUUAAAAUCACUCCUUUUAUUUCUUUUUAUUUUUUUGCCUAUUUUCACAAAACCAUUUCAGAACAUUAAACCUGAAUUAUUUUUUUUAAGUAGUUUACUCUUGUCUGUAUGGUGUUUUCACUCUGUAUAGAAAUAAAAAUAAUGCACAUGCCCAUUGGACCAGUGUUGUAAAGAGUUUUUCAUAUUCUUUUAUUUAAAUUAAAUUUUAAUUAAAUUCCAAAGUUUUUGCAAGGGAAGGGUGAACCUGAUACUGAGCACAUUUAGAUAUUUUUUGACAAGUCUGUUUCUGAUAUUUUGUUUAGCUUUAUGGGUUUUUAGCUUUUAUUUGUAGUUAUUUAGGUUUUUUUAGUGUUUAGUUUUUAUUUGUAGUAAUUUAGUGGGUUUUUUAAAAUUGUUCAUCUGACUUCUUCCCCUUUUUUUUUUUCUUUUCUCUACAUUGGUGCUCUGGAAUGCCUUGACUUCAGUUCUCUGUGUUAGAAAGAUAAACUGAUGUUUAAAAGAGUCUUUUUUGGUUAAAAUCUUUGUGCCCCUGUACUUUUUUAAAGCUAAAACCUCUCCUGGUGUUGGGAUGAAGGCCAGAAUUGCCCUUAAGGUGUUGAUUUUGUGGAAUUGCCUUAAAUCCUCUGAAAGUUUCCAUCUCUUAGCCUUUGUCACUCAUAAAUAAAGCAAUAAAUAAAUAAAUACUGAGGAGAA